CAAGAAUACUGGGGCCAGGUUGAGGAUUUUUAAGACAUAUGGAUAUGGAUGUUCUCUGAUGUGCUCUUAUAUUGUCAGUGUUGAGUAUGGAGUCAGGAGGAGUGAAUGUGAUAGAAGCAGCAGCUCUAGGGAGACCCUUUCAGCUGGACAUGCUCUACGACUGCAGGAAUGAUGCUCUAGUGCCAGAAGAACUGAGAACAGGCACUGAGUAUGAGAUUAAAACUGAAGCGGUGGGGAAACUCAACUACACUACAGAAUCUGAUGUGAUCACAUUAAUCAGAGAGAGGAACGUCCUGAAAAAACUUUUGGAAAGUUUGGGCUUGGAGGGGUACUAUAAUGAGAAGCUCACUCUCAGCACAGUUUUACAGAUUGGCAAGGGCAGUGUCUCAGAUGUGCCAGCCCAGUCUCCGUCUGAUCUUCCGUGGCUGUUCCUGAAGAGACUGAUGAUACUAAAAAGGACUGUGAGGAGUGUUAAGUGUUUCUCAUCAGAUGAAGGAAAGGCAGAUGAUUCUGAUUGGAAUGAUGAUCAGGAGAUUAAUGAAUCAGACAGUCAUCUGUCAGUAAAUCCUUUAGACAUUCUGACUGCCCUGUUUCUUUGUUCUGACAGUUUUCUUCAGCAGGAAAUGAUCUUAAAAAUGUCCAUGUGUCAGUUUUCUGUACCACUGUUGCUUCCUAACAAUGAUAAGAAUCAGAUUACACUUAUGCUUUGGGGAAUGAGAGAUAUCGUGAAGAAGUACAGACCACACUCCUUGCAAGAUUCAAGUGGAUUUGUGCAAGAAAGGAUUGCUCUGUCAGAAUUACCUUUAGUGUCUUUUGUUAGACUUGGAAGACGCGACCUUUCCAAAUCAGAAAUUCUGAAUAAGUUGCUUAGCAAUCCACAACAGUACACAGACACCUUUGUACACUUCAACAUGGAUUGUGGUAACAUCAAAAAAACAAUAUCAAAUGGAUUGGUUGAGAUCAGCUGGUAUCUUCCUUGUGGUAACAAAAACAUUGAUGUAUUUCCUGAGCCUGUAGCAAUUGCAAACCUGAGAGGUGACAUACAGGACUUUGAAACACAAUACUCUUUUCUUUGCCAGGCUUCCACUGCAGUGUUUGUAUUCCUUGACAACAAACAUUUAGAUACAGAGAAUAUUUCACUCGCCAGUCAGAAAUCUGCACUUGAGUUGUUUUAUGUGGGAGAAUCCAACAAUGAGACCAUAAAAGCUACAGUCAAGAAGCUCAAUCUGAAGAAAAGCAAUUUCAUCUUCAAAGCCAAACAGAAUGAUACAGACUUUGUUGAAAAAAUUCGCACCAAGUUGCAAGAAGCAGUCGAGAAAAACAAACACAAAAUUUCAGUUCUUCGUUUAGCUGAGGUUGCAAGAGAAUUUGGGAUCUUGGUGGAUGAGGAUGAUGAAGAAUGUCAAAGAGCUAAAGCGAGUGCAGAUGAAAUCAUAUCAAAAAUAAAUUAUAUAGUGCAGUUCAAGGAAAAAGAGCUGCCCUUACAGGGAGAGAUAUCGUUUCAGUUGGCCAAGUUAGAGAAGGAGGAAUGUAGAUUAAAGAAAGCAGGAGAUCAAAGUAUUGAGAACUACAAAAGUGACCUUCAGAUGAAGAUGAAAGAGCUCAGAGAAAAGCAAAACACAACAGUUAUGUCUGAUACUAUGAUCUGCUUUAUCAGUGCCAUAUCAACACCAAACAAGGUCUACUUCUUAAAAUGGUUGAGGAUCUUGUUGGAGAAUCUCUCUCAUGAAGUCCUCCCUUCUCUCAGAGAACAGUACAAACAGCUAUGUCAAGACGCUGUUGGCAACAAAGAGGAAAUUGCUGAGCUUGACAAAAUGAUUUCAAACAGUUCUUUAGGAGUUGAACAUUUCAUUCGUGAGAUGAGCCAACUUUAUGAGGCUGCAGUCUCACUAUCAGAUGAUUCACUUUACCAAAAACAACUGGAACACUUAACCAGACUCUGUGCACAGCUACUGUUGGAUGGAUUUCCACUUGAACUUGUAGAUGGAGAUGCUUCCAAUGUCCCUGUUAAAUGGAUGACAAGUGUUCUGAAAGAAUUAAACACAUUAGUGAAGCUGAACAAUAAAAUUGGAGUUGUCACUGUUUUGGGGGUGCAAAGUUCAGGAAAGUCAACCCUGUUGAACACCAUGUUUGGAGUUCAGUUUGCUGUAAGCAGUGGCAGAUGUACCAGAGGCGCCUUUUUGCAACUUAUUAAAGUAACAGAUGAUUUCAAAGCAGAACUGAACCGUUGUGACUAUAUACUGAUAAUUGAUACUGAGGGACUAAAAUCUCCUGAGCUUGCACAGCUAGACAACAGCUAUGAACAUGACAAUGAGUUGGCAACUCUUGUUGUUGGACUGAGUGAUAUCACAAUUGUCAACAUCGCUAUGGAGAACUCCACUGAGAUGAAAGACAUCUUACAGAUUGUCGUUCAUGCUUUUCUCAGGAUGAAGGACAUCGGUAAAAAGCACAGAUGUUUAUUUGUACACCAGAAUGUUGCAGAUGUCUCAGCCCAUGAUUCAAAUAUCAGAGAUCGAAAAUUUCUGAUGGAUCAACUGAAUGAAAUGACACAAGCUGCAGCCAAAAUGGAGAACAAGUUGAAUUUCAUGAAAUUUACAGAUGUGAUGGAGUAUAACACUGAGACUGAUGACCACUAUAUUCCAGGACUGUGGCAUGGAAGCCCCCCAAUGGCACCAGUAAAUUCCGGCUAUAGUGAGUCUGUGUUUGCUCUCAAAAAACAAAUAAUGAAGAUCUUCAAAUGUCACAAGCCUGGCAACAUUGAAGACUUUCUUGAAUGGACCAAAAGUUUGUGGAAAGCUGUGAAAUUUGAGAAAUUCAUUUUCAGCUUCAGAAAUAGCCUGGUGGCUGAUGCAUACAUGAAACUGUGCACAGAGUACAACAGAUGGGAGUGGACAUUGAGAAAACAAAUGCACACAUGGGCAAUAGAAGCUGAAACUAAAAUCCUGAACCAUGCAAAAUUUGACAUCUCUGAGCACACAGUUGAAAACAUAAAGUCAAAUUUUCAACUAGAAGCAGACGCUGAGCUUUCAAAAGGAGAAAAGGAAAUGAUUGACAAGAUCACAUCAUACUAUGAACAAGGAGAGGGUCAUGUUGAACUUGUGGAGAGUUUUCGUCAAGAUUUUUUAAACUCUGCCGAAUCUCUAAAGAGGGAACUUUCAAAUUCAAUCACAAGCAAACUGAACACAGCUCUUUCACGUCGAAAUGGAAUGAUGAAGGUGGAGGAGAUCAUAAAGACCUACAUGGAUACAAUAGAGGAGAAAGUGCUAGAUUUGCUUGAAGACUGCCGCAAAACCAAGUCACACAUGUCAAAUGCUGAACUGGAUAAUGCAUUUGAAAAAAUGUGGCAGGAGACGAUCAAGACACUUCCACAGUCAGGUCAGCGACAACAAGAUAUCAUGACAAGAGUUUUAUAUCAACUGAGGAAAAAUCUUGAUGAUAGAGGAAGUUCAAUGGCUCAAAACUUAGACAAAGCAAAAGCUUUAUAUACAUAUGGCUAUGGAAAAUUUGUUGUCUCCAGCUGCUACAUUAAAAAUUUUACCAACCCUUUAAAAUGGAAUACAUGGACCAAUAAGGCUCAAACAAUGACAGACACCCUUAUCAGAGAUUGUGAGGAAUUUAUUGAAGAAAAAACGAAAAGUAAGGAUGAUUAUGAUGAGACAUACAUGAGGGAACUUCUUAACAUGAUUGAUGACAAACUUAAAACUCACGAAGAUCUUCCGUUAAAUGAAGAAUUUGAACUGAACAUUAAACUUCACAUAUGUGGCUUUGCAAGCAGAGCCUUUCAAGAGAUUCACAAUCAAUUCAUCCUGAACAACUGCCCUCAUAAAGCCUUGGAAAAGCACAAAGAGACAUACCGUACUGACUUCAUAGACCUUUUUCAUGAGCGAGAUCAGUGUCAGAAGAAAGCUGAUGAAUUCACAACAAACUGCUUAAAACCUGCCUUAGAAAAAUACAUUUCUGAGGUCUUGGGCACAGAAAUUGCAGACGCAGUGUUGCUUGGUGAAAAUUCAGUUUUUAGAUCACGGACAUCAUUUCAGAAUUCUCUCUUGAAAGAACUUCUUGAUAAGUUACAGUUUGAAACAUAUUUGCAUUUUAUUAAGUCUUAUGAAGAAUUUGUAAAAAACUUCAUUCUUAAGAGGGUCAUAAAUCACUUCUCACCAGAGAACAAAAUGUUCAAAUUGGAGGAAAAACUACUAAAUUUAGUCACCUGUGAAAUAACUCAGGCAGUCGAAGAUACAGAGAAAUAUCAAGACAUGAAGGAAUUCAUCAAGAAUAUUUGUGAGAAACUUAAACACAGGCUUGUUUUUCCCAAGGAUGAAGUGGACAGAAUCAGUUCAUUGACCAAUGUGAAUACAAAAAAAUUUGCUGAAUAUCUUAAGCGUUCUGUGUCAGUCAAAGAAAAUAUCAAGGGAGACAUUCAAAGCAAGUUGAAAUCUCUACAAACCAAACCACAAGAUGUGCUGUUCAAGCGAGUGCACGGCUGUGGGAAACAGUGUCCAUUCUGUAAAGCACCAUGUGAGGCUGGAGGAGAGGCCCACACCAAACACUUUGUCUCAAUUCACAGACCAGACGGUCUCGGCUGUUACAGAUUUAUUCAAUCUGGAAAAUUAUCCACUGACAUCUGCACAUCAUCAGUGUACAGCAACAAGACUUUCAGGUGUGAAGACACCAAUAAUCAGCACCAUCCAUAUAAGAAGUACAGUGAAAUCUACCCAAACUGGCAAAUUGAUCCUGACCCCAGCAUAGAUGCCUCAGCCUACUGGAAAUAUGUGAUGAAACAUUUCAAUGAGAAGUUUGCUGAGGAGUACAAUGCACAGCCUGCAGAUAUACCAUCAACCUGGAAAGACAUUGCUAAGUCCCAGGCAGAAGGAAGUUUAAAGUAAACUUUAAUUAACUAUCUUGCUGUUUUGGCCUUUAGUACAUGAUGAAAAGAAAACCGUUUAGUUUGACCCAUUCAUAUCUUUUAUAUAUUUAAAUAAUAAUCAACUACAAAAAUAGAAAACAAAAACCAUUUUAGUUUAACCGUUGCCUGCAGUGAUUGAUGUACAAAACAGAAAAUAGUGUAGUGCAGUGAUAGAGUGAAAUAACAAACUAUAAACACAAAUCUACACAAGACAGUGAUUGGUGUAGAUAUGUUAUUUGCUUUCUCUUACCAUAAAUAGCUGCCAUAAUAAUUUUAAGUAUAUGACAACAGAUUGCAUCAUUGAGGUGUUGGUAUAGUCUUCUUAGUUUUAAAAUGCUUUCAUUCUUAAUGCCUGGCU